AGAAUUGAGCCGCUGUGUUUCUUAGAACUGGAUUCUCAGAACUGGUGAUGCACAGAGUUUCGAGGAAACUUUUACAAGAUUGCGACAGCAUGGCCACAACCGCCGAUGGCUGCAUCCAAUUCACGCGGCACGCAGGCGACGUCCUGCUCAACUUCAACCGCCUCCGCAGCAGGAACAUCCUGACAGAUGUCACCAUACAGGUGGACCGCCAGCGCUUUCAUGCUCACAAGGCCAUCCUAGUGGCCUGCAGUGGCUUCUUUUAUUCCGUGUUCAUGGAUCCUGACAACGCAAGCCUUAGUGCCAUCAGCUUAGACCCCAAAGUGGACCCCAAGGGUUUCUCGCUCCUGCUGGACUUCAUGUACACGUCCUGUCUGAACCUUAACGACAGCGUAGUUUUGGCCACCAUGAACACAGCCGUCUACCUCCAGAUGGAACAUGUGGUUGACACCUGCAACAGAUUCAUCAGUUCCAGGUGCCAGUCCCUGAAUAUGCAGAGUAAAGAAAUGCAGAACAGCUCAUUACAUCUGGCUGAGGAACACUCUGCUUUAAGGCCCAUAGAGGAAAAAGAGGCAGACUUUAGGAAGAAUCGCACGUCAAACACAUCUCCAGUCCAGCAGAGCAGGGGAUACGUGUCCAAUGUUUUCAGGGGGAUCAACACCUCCGGCUCCUAUCAUGUCUACGGUGACCUGCAUGUCACUGCUGUGAAGCUGGAUGGUUCUCAUAAGAUCGCAUGCUCACAGGUGCCAACCGCCAACAUGGCUCACGAGUCCACCACCAUCAUCUCCCACUCUGUCCCAUCCCAUCCCAGUUUCCCCCCCACCAUCAUUCGGCCGCCGGUCGCCCACAGAGGCCUUCAAGGUCCCGCCGCUCCCAUGGAAGAAGACGCCAUUCAUCACCCACAGACCAGCUGUGUGAGGCUAUCUCCAGCCUUCAACAAAGGUGUCAUUUGCAGCCCUCAGAGCCCCCUCAGAUCCGACUGCCAGCCGAACUCGCCCACCGAGUCCAGCAGCAGCAGAAAUGCAAGCAUGAGCCUCCCACAGCCCUCAGACUCUCCCACAGAUGCCAAGGCCCACAACUGGAAAAAGUACAAGUUCAUUGUCAUGAACCAAACUUCGAAAGACGACGGGAAGGAGACGCCGACGGGCAGCGCUGAAGUUGGACCCAUGUCCCCCACACCGAGCCCCUGCAGGAGUGGUGCAGCAGGGGAGCACAGCGACGUGCAGACAGAAGAGGGAGCCAACGAGCACAGAGCAGAAAUCCCCACGUCUCACAGCGUCGACAGCUGUGGCAGCAGCACCUGCAGCAGCAUUAGCAGCCAGAGAUGCUCGUCCUGUGGCUGUGACAGCCCCCGGCGAAUGGAAACAGGUCACCUGUCUCCUGACUCGUACAGCCGGGAUGACGCCAAGCUCCACUCGGAUUACUCAUCCUCCAGUUCUGAAAGCACCACCUUUUUCUGCAACGGGUGUGACUCCAAGUUCAUGGAAGAAGAUUCCCUGAAAGACCACAUGGUCCAGGUUCACAGCGACAAGCCAUACAAGUGUGACUGCUGCCAGGCGGCCUUCCGCUACAAAGGCAACCUGGCCAGCCACAAGACCGUUCAUACUGGUGCAAAGCCAUACCACUGCAACAUCUGCGGCGCUCAGUUCAACCGACCAGCCAAUCUCAAGACUCACACUCGUAUUCAUUCUGGAGAAAAGCCGUACAAGUGUGAGACAUGCGGCUCACGAUUUGUCCAGGUGGCCCAUCUUCGCGCCCAUGUGUUAAUUCACACAGGAGAGAAACCGUACCCUUGUGAGAUCUGUGGAACACACUUCCGUCACCUUCAGACGCUCAAGAGCCACAUGCGCAUUCAUACUGGAGAGAAGCCUUAUCAUUGUGAAAAAUGCGACCUCCACUUCAGACACAAGAGUCAACUGAGGCUUCACCUCCGACAGAAGCACGGUGCCGUCACCAACACCAAGGCUCAGUACCGCAGAUCUGGGAGCAACAUCAUCACAGGCCUGGGGAACUCCAGCUGAGCCCACCACAGUCCUGCCACGUGGCAUUUCUGUUUUCCUUUUUCACCUUGCUGUCAAAAGAUUUUAUUUUUUCUAAAUGCGAACAGAAUAUAGGCUAUUUACUAUAUGUAUUUUUAAGUGCUGCACACUUCUUUAUGUAAGCUCUUUGGUAUUUCAAAGAUCGUAGAAGAUUAUGCUUUGAUUGUGAAUGUUUAACAGAAUGUACGUUUUGAAUGUGAAUUUCAGUCUCUGUUUCUCGGAGUGUCUGCGUUGAAGGACAGUCCUUUUAAUCGAGAAUCACUGUUACACUUUUGCUUCAGAUGUCGGUAUGAAUUUGCCCAGUAAUGUGGUCUUACGGAGUUCUGUUUGAUAAGGCUGCUUCUGUAAAUAAGAUAAUAUAUAUUUUCAAAUUGCCACCUGCUGGCAGAGUACGAACAUAUUUGCGUUGCGUACGAUUUUCUUAAAUACGGUAAGCUUCACUGUUAUCAGUAACACAAAGGCUUGUUAUUUUGCCAUGUCAUAGCUUGUGGUACAUACUGUUAUAUGUACAGACUUUCAUUUAUGCUUUUUCAUGUUUUUUUUUCUUUAGAUUGGGCUCAUGUUGGUAUUUUGCACAUAUUGCUGUAAUCCAUAUAUUUUCGUACCUUUGAAAUAUUUCAACUUACGAUGUUCUUGAGAUGUUGAAACGGCUCGUUAAACCCCAUUCCCAACACUUGAUAUAUUUAUAUUUGAAAAAUGUCCUCGGCUGUAUUUUCUUAACAUUUGGUGCUGCAAUGAUCCUUUUUUUUCCUCAACAAGCUCAUUUUUUUUUUGUAUUAUAGUGCCCACAUACAAACCAGUGUAAUCAAAGUGCCUUUCAUUCACUCUUCUCUUUUGGUUACCACCCCAGACUAUAUAUGCAUUUUUACUUCUGACAAUGUGACAACCACAGUAGUUAUGAACUGCUUUUAUAAUGCAUUUUGCAUAUGGUACUUUGUCUUGGAGUCAUACACAUGACAAGGUACUGUUGUUUUCAAGGCUUAUAAUCCAUUGUGUGUAGCUCUUUGAAUGCAGAUACGCCAGGACUCAAGCUAAAACACUCAGGAAAUGUAAGCAAAUGAAAUGUAAGCAAAUGUCUUUGUACCUGCAAAGUAUAUAUGAGUAUAUAUAUACUUACAUAAUGAAAUAUAAAAUAAAAAGAUAAUUAAGUAAAA